AUGCACAACAAACAAGAAAAACGAACAAAAUUUCUGAAUAGUUAUCUUGAUGUUUACUACUCGGUAGAAUUUCAACCGUGUGCCAUUCUAGAGGAAAUCGAGGAUAGGAGAAUUACUAGCGAUAGAGAAUUGAUGAUGCGAGCAGUGAAAGCAGACGGACUUGCUCUUCAAUACUACACUGGAACAUUUCAGUGCAAUAGUUGUGAGAGUGUUGUGGAUGAUGAAUUGGUGGCAGAAGCUGUAAAAUCCAAUGGAAUGUCGAUUCGGUUUAUGUUGGCAGAUGACCCACAACGUUUAAUUUCAAAAGAAAUUUUGAGAAAGGCCAUAGAGGAGGAUGGUUUGAUAGCUUCGUUUGGUAAUGUUUGGUCUUCUCUUUCAGAUGAAGAAAAAAUCUUGGCUGCUUCCACUAAUGGAAAUAUAUUGGUUUCUGACCAACUUUAUGGAAUACUUGCUCCAAAACAAGUUGCCACAGUUGGUCUGAUUGACUCUCCUUAUGAUUUCUGUAGAGAAUUUCAGACAGAAGAUAAGGAAGUUAUUGAGUAUGUGAUUAAAUGCUAUGGAGCUGCCCUUGAAGAAAUUGAUGAUGAGUUACUUUGUGAACCUUUAUCAUUGGAUGUUUUGAAAGAGGGAUUUUCACAAUAUCCAGAAGCUCUACCACAUUUAUUUUGGAACCUGAGAAGGAGUAUGGAUGAAAUAUUUGAGAUUGUAAGGGAAGGAUUGAAGAGCUAUAACGAUGUGCUUGAUGAGGACAUUGGACAAGGAUUUUUCACAAAAGAACAAUUCACUGAAUUGUUGAAAUAUUCUGGUUAUAUUAUUUAUGAUUACUUUUAUACGACUGAUAGGGAAAUGGCACUAGUUGCUGUCACAAAUUGUGGAGAAGUUUUAGGUGUACUACCUGAAUUUGCUAACGACAAGGAAAUAGUUUUGGCUGCUGUUCAACAAGAUGCCUACUCGAUAUUAUAUGGAACAGAGGCAUUGAUUUAUAAUAGAGACUUUAUUUUGGAGUGUGUGAAAAUAAGUGGUGAGGUUUUGGAUUAUAUAGAUAUGGAUUUCGAUGAGGAUUAUGAAAUUAUUCUUGAAGCUGUACAGAAUUAUGGAGAUGCAAUAGGAAUUACAUCCCAAGAGUUGAGAAGGAAUAAGGAGAUUAUCACUGCUGCCCUUUCAAAUAAUGGAUUAUCAUUAGGUUAUCUGGAUGAAGAUUUACAAGAUGACAAAUCAAUAGUAUUACUUGCUGUUUCUAAUAAUGGUCUUGCUCUCGAAUACGCCUCGGAUAGGCUACAGAAUGAUAAGGAAGUUGUAAUGGUUGCUGUUUCAAAUAUGCCAAUCUCUUUGCAGUAUGCUAGUGAAGCUCUUCGCUCUGACAUGGAGGUUAUUCUUCGUGUUGUGAGUUUGGAUUAUCAUGCUCUGGAACUUGCUUCAGAACAAGCAAGAAACAAUAGAGAUAUCGUUAUGGAAUGUGUAAAGAUAUGUGGUCUUUGCCUUUUGAAUGCCUCAGAUGAACUGAAAAAUGAUAGAGAAAUUGUUUUGCAAGCUGUGUCGCAAAAUGGAUUAGCUCUCAAAUAUGCCACUACACUCGAUGAAGAAAUAGCAAUUACAGCUUUACAAAACAAUUCCACAGUUUUUAACAAGCUGCCCAAUCAUUUAAAAAGAAUAAGGAAAAUUGCUAAAUUAGCUAAGGAUGAAUCUGACACGUAUUGGGAGGCUUGGAUUGAUUACUGGGGAAAGAGAAGUGAAGUAUUCGAUAUAGAGAGACCUAAGAGAAAAAGACUAAUUUAUGGAGAUUGUGAGGAAGAAGACAAUGAAGAAGAGAAUGAUAUUCAAGACAUAGAAGAAAGAGAAAGGAAAAAGUUAAAAGAUGAAUAA